UGAAAAUUGUGUAACUGAUACAUCAAAAGUAUUUUUUUAUUUGCACUACAACCCGCCGUAAAUCCAGCAAAGAUAACGAUUUCUACAUGACUUAAUUAGGUCUCACAUGAUGAUAAGAGCAGAAUUUGACCUAAAAAAUUAAACGUAGCAGGACUCGGUUGGCGAGUCUGGACUGGAGUCCUACUCCUAGUCCUACUCCUACCUAGUAAAAAUACUAUUAUUAACUAAGUAUGUAGUAAUGUAGCCUACCGAAACAAAGAAUUAAAAAAAUUGUAAGCUAAAGACACCUACGCACGAGCGAAUUAUUGAAAUUAAAUUGAACCAUGUGUUAGUACCGAAAUGCCCUAGUUUGUGUCGACUGGACAUUAAACCCCAUUUCUCACUCUUUCUCAGAAAUUUGGUUGCUCGAUGUCUCGGAUGACAGAGAUGGUCAGGCAAACUGAGCAAAGGAAGGGCUGAACAAUCGCGACUAGAAUAUUUAUACUUACUUCCCUUGAUAAUUUCUAGCAGACGGAAAAAUGGCUUCGAAGAAGGGUGGCUGUAAUUUGGAUUCCUCGACAAAACACAAAAAAGAGGACACUGAGGAUAUGGAUAGACUUUCUCUUCAACAAAAACUAGAUUUGAUCGAUGAUGAACUUCAUAAAUUACACAUGUUUUGUAUAAAUUCAGGAUACAAUCCCUCUCAAAUCGAACAGUUUGCAGAGCCACUUUCCAAAAAAGUUAAAGAAGCAAACAGAAAGAAAUGGUUAAAAUUUACCAUGAAAAGCUGCUUAUUUCUUUGUACGACGUGGUUUUUAUUCAGCACUGAUUCAGUCAACAAAUUAGUGUGUACCAUUGGAAGAAGGGCAGCUAUUCAGAUUAUGCCAAUUUAUGAUUGGAGUCAAUUAUAUUAUGUUGACUGUCUGUUAGAAAAUCCUUUACAUGAAUCUCAGAUGAAUCCUGUGCUGAAAGAUUGUUAUGCAUGUGAAAAUCAAAAUGAAAUUUCUCGUGUUAAAAAUAUAAAAGAAGAGGAUUUGAUACAGAAAUAUAUUAAGCUAGAUAAACCAGUUAUUGUAGAAGAUGGAUUAUCACAGAAUGAUCACCAGGGAUUUACAGUUGAGUUUCUAGCUAGAAUAUUUGAAAAUAGCAUGUAUGACAGUUGUGAUUUUAAUUGUAAUGUAAAAGUUAGCGGUCACAGAUCUUUUUUGAAACAAGUGGCUGCUCAUGAACAUCCACAGUACUUUGCAUUUUGGAAGAAUUGUUUUGAAGAGUCUGCAAGAGAAUUACGAUACUACUUUAAGAAGCCAUAUUUUUUAUCAUCUGUAGUUGAGGUAGCUGAAACAAGUUGGAUUUACAUUUCAAAGAACUAUACAGCAAAAAUGCCCAAACCAGUUCUAGUUGAUGGUCCAAUGGUCAUAUUAAUGCAGAUGGUGGGCAGUGUAGAUAUUGUUCUAUUUCCUGAUAAAGUCUGCACAGAUGUAUGUCCAGAAUUAAAAGAAACUUUGCAUGGAGGAGAAACAUUAUUGGUAAAUGAUUUUUUGUGGAUGAUUGAUUACUACCCUAAUGGAGAAGGUGAAAGUAUUGGAAUCGGAUUGACUGGAAGUUUUGAUUAAGGCACUGAUUUAAACAAAGAAGACACUAUUAAUGUGAAUUACUAUGUAGAAUUAAAACCAUGUUAACCCAUUUCAUGUGAAUCAUUAUGUAGAACUAAAAUCAUGUUAAUGCAUUUAAUGUGAAUCAUUGUGUAGAACUAAAACCAUGUUAACCUGUUUCAUUUAAAUCAUUUUGUAGAACUAAAAUCAUGUUAAUGCAUUUAAUGUGAAUCAUUGUGUAGAACUAAAACCAUGUUAACCUGUUUCAUUUAAAUUAUUUUGUAGAACUAAAAUCACGUUAACCCAUGUCAUGUGAAUCAUUGUGUAGAACUUAAACCAUGUUAACCCGAUUAAUGUGAAUCUGUGUAGAACUAAAACCAUGUUAAACUGUUUCAUGUGAAUUGUGAACUGUGUAGAACUAAAAACAUGUUAGAAUUUACGUUGAAAGCUUUUUCAAAAUCUGGGGUAACCACUUUACAUCUUAAUUUAAUUACAAAGUGUAUUUGUUUUUAAAGAAUUCCUGUUUUUGAUAAUAUUCUGUCGACUAAAAUAAUCGGAGAUUCUUCUAAUAUUUUCGGACGUUGAAGACGGUUGUUUAAUUUUCGCAUGAUAUGAUUUGAUAAUAACUGACUUUAGACAACUCCAGUUAUAAACUGUAACAACAAAAAAUUAAACCUGGCUUCAUUUGUUGAACCUAAAGAAUGCUCUAACAAUUGAAGUUAUUAUUCGAUCUGUAUGAAAUUGAUAUCAGUGUCAAGAUUGUAAAUUCUUCCAUUACCUACAAAAGAAUAAAUAUGCCACAACCCUUGUCGACUUUAAACCAUUUAGCUUCUGUGGGUGUUUGUUUUGUUGCCUUGUAACCAUAUCGUUUAUUUAAUGUGAAUCUGUGUAGAACUAAAACCAUAUUAACCUGUUUCUUCUGAUUCAUUGUUAACCUGUUUCAUUUUAAAAGUAUACAAAGUAUAUCUUACAAAUUUCUUAAAAGUGUGAAUCAUUUGAAUUCAUAGGCUUUUCUAGUAGCUUUGCUUUUGCCACUAUCAGGAUCAGUCAUGAAAAGCUCAAUUAGUUUAAUCAUAAUGUUUUUACACCCGUGUCAUUUGAUAUUAAUUAAGACCCGGUUUGGGUCUCUAAAGUAUAAUAUCAAAGUUUUAAUUUGGUCUCCUUAGCCGCACAUCCUCACUUGUCUGCGAUAUCACCGGUCGUGAGGGAGAGAGAGAAAUGGGGUUUAACGUCCAGUCGACACAAACUAGGUCAUUUUGGGACAAUAUGGUUCAAUUUUAUUUCAAUAAUUCGCUUUCACGUAGGGGUCUUUAGCAGUGGGAAGAAACUGGAGGGCUCGGAGAAAACCCAGGCGGUUGGACAGGCGACUCUACUCCUUGUCACGCACAACCGCGGAAUCGAAAUCAUGCCAGUUGACUUAAUGACAGAACUUAUUUUACAGCGCACCCCUGUCUAUGUUUUUGAUUUAAAAUUUUAUAAUCUUAUGCCGCCGUCAUCCCAAAAAAGUUUUUAGAAUUAUAUAUUUAAAAUUUUUAUAAACUUGAAAAUUUUUUUAAAAUUUAUCAAGAAAUUUUUGUUCACAAUGUAAUAAAUUGUAUGAAUCCUUGUUUGUUUACCACUUUACAUAUUAUUUAAUAAAUGUUAUUUAUUCUAA